AUGUCUGGCUUGAGCAUUAACUUUGAGAAGUCUAACUUGAUACCAGUGAACUGCAGCCAGGAGUGGGUUAACCAGAUGUGUCAGCUACUAGGUUGUCAAGAGGUAGCUCUACCGGUGAGGUACCUUGGCAUUAGCUUAGGAGCAAAUUCGCGGUUGGUAAAAACUUGGAAGCCGGUUAUAGAUAAGGUGGAAGAGAAACUCAGCUUGUGGAAAGCAAAGAUCUUUAGUAAGGCUAGUAAGCUGGUACUUGUCAAAGGAGGUUCUUUUGGGGGGAAGUAUGAUGGUCGACCUGGUAUGGCCCUUGUGAAGUGGGAGCUGAUCCAUGCACCAAGGAAGCUAGGAGGUUUGGGGGUGGGUGAUGCGGUGGUCCGUAAUACGACUUUACUGUUUAAAUGGUGGUGGCAGUUCUCUAAAGAGGAUUGUCCUCUAUGA